GAAGAGUGCACUGUGAAUGCAGAGGGUUGCAAUUAUAUUGAAUUGGGGAUAGUUUAGCCAAAAUAUGCCACAAGAUGUAGAAUUGCCUUGUGUAUCCCACUAAAAAUGUUAACUUGUUAUUAGCUAACUUUUUUUGAAGAAUUUAAGCAAAAUUCCCAGGCUUAACUUCCCAUGGGAAAUUUCUGACAGCCCUUUGCAGACCUAGUCAUUACCCAUGCCUCUCCUCUCGAGAACUUUCAUUGCGUCCUCAAGUAUUUCCAUAACUAGGGCCAGGAGUUUUUCCUGACCAAUGUGACCGGACCUGGGGUGUAUUCAUUUAGCUAAUUCUGUGACAAAACCUUUCUUAAAUGGAAGCAAACUGAACAAAACGGGGAGGGACCUACUUGAAUAGAAACUCUCGCUUUGCUCCUGUGUGGCUAAGUUGGUAUGGUUGGACCAGUACAGAAAAAAGUAUGAACAUUUAUUCACUCACUACUGUAAGUCGCUCUGGAUAAGAGUGUCUGCUAAAUGACUAAAAUGUUAAUGUAAAAUGCUUUUGUUUGCUUCCGUUUUCAAACAGUAUACAGUUUCUGUAGGUAAUCCGCCCCAGGAAAAGCUCUUUGCUCUAGUUAUUAGCUGUAAAUCGGGCUCGAGUUUUUUCCUACUCGGGAGAAAUCCCUGCUGCCCUAUCCAUUAAAUAUUAUACGGUUUUGUUUUUAUGAUUUAUAGUAAUGGUUGAGUAUGAUUGAUCUGCUGUUACUUUUUUUCAUUUUCCAUUGUUAUUGAAUAUUGUGCUUUAUUCACUCUGCAGUUCAAAGAUAAGUACCAAGUAGUUAAAGGGCUGAACCAUCUGUGCAAAGUGUACCACUUCCAGUCCUCCAGGAAGUAAAGCUACCACAACUUGUAAAAGCUGUCAUCAAUACAGGACACUUCUGAUCCCUAAAGGUUUUCACAGUCCAUGGACAGACAGCCAAAACAUAAACAGAGUGAUUAUUUUGACCACGUGGUGUUUGGCUAAAAAUAUCAUCCAAUCAAGUGUUUUCGAGAAGGAGCAGUGGAUCGUCGUCCAAUCAGAAAACUGUAGUGGGUUUCCAAGCAGUUCGUGUGACUAAUGCCUGUCAUAUGACUCUGCCACAAAUGGGGUUAGUUUUAAGGAACUAAGGCUGCACUUGGAUUUGGAAGAAAGCGAGACUUUCUAAAAUGCCUCCAACUCUUUUUCAGAAACUUUUUAAUAAAAGAAAUUCAAUUUCGCCGCCCCCAAGAUGCAACAAAGAGGACCCCGCGUUCAGCUGGUCAUCCCCACAGCUGGACCCUAGCCAGAUCAGAUUGAUACUGUACCAAGACUGUGAGCGACGGGGGAGAAAUGUCCUCUUUGACUCCAGUUCCAAAAAGAGGAGCGCAGAGGAAGCCCCUGCCUCGAAGAUGUGCAGUAGCGAGGCCCAGGUGAAGAUGUAUGGGAAGUGCUGCCAGCUGAGGCCUACAGGGGGCAGCUCCAACUCUCUGGACAGUUCCUGUGCUGCCGAGGCCCGGGAACCCAGGGAACAAGGGCUGCGCUUCCAGGGGUUGCGGUGUUCCUCUGAUGCCAACAUGUUGGGGGAGAUGAUGUUUGGCUCGGUGGCCAUGAGCUACAAGGGCUCCACACUCAAGAUCCACCAGAUACGGUCACCCCCUCAGCUGAUGCUGAGUAAAGUGUUUACAGCCCGAACUGGGAGUAGUGUCUAUGGCAGCCUUAACACACUGCAGGACAGCCUGGAGUUCAUGGGUCAGGACCCCAAUUCUUUGAGGCCUGAUCAGAACACUGUGACCAACGGCCUCCUGGGGAACAUAGGUUUCUCUCAGCUCUGCAGCCCGCGCCGGGCCUUCUCUGAGCAGGGCCCUCUGCGCCUCAUCAAGAGUGCCUCUUUCUUUUCAGGACAUAGUAACCCCAUGGACAUGCCGGGCAGAAACCUGUACGACGAGAGAGACAGCGGCAUCGCCAGAUCAGCGUCUCUGAGCAGUCUGUUGAUUACUCCGUUCCCCUCCCCGGGCUCCUCCCUCACCAGCAGCCAGGCCAGUAGCUACCAGAGACGCUGGCUCCGCAGCCAGACCACCAGUCUGGAGAACGGGGUCUUCCCAAGAUGGUCUGUGGAAGAAAGCUUCAAUAUGUCGGACGAGAGCGGAGGUCCCAGCCUGGGCGUGGCCAGGAAGAAGAAGAUAGCCAUCGGUGUCAUCUUCCUCCUCUCCCAGGACGAAGAGGAGAACAUCAAGUUCCAGGAAUUCUUCUUCUCCCACUUCCCCCUCUUCGAGAGCCACAUGAACAAACUAAAAAGUGCCAUUGAACAGGCCAUGAAAAUGAGCCGGCGAUCAGUUGAUUCCAGUCAGAGGGCUCUGGCCUAUAGCCGCAUGGUGGAUGGCCUCAAUGAAUUCAGGACGACCAUCGUCAACCUUUACACCAUGCCCCGCGUGGCCGAGCCCGUUUGGCUCACCAUGAUGUCUGGAGCCCCUGAGAAGAACCAGCUCUGUGGACAUUUCAUGAGGGAGCUCGCCCUACUCAUGGAGCAGGCCUCAAAGAACCAGUUCCUCCCUGCCCUCCUCACUGCCAUUCUCACCAACCACCUGGCCUGGGUGCCCACUGUCAUGCCCAACGGACAGCCGCCUAUCAAGAUCUUCCUGGAGAAACACUCUUCUCAGAGCGUGGAUAGGCUGGCCAAGAGCCACCCCUACAACCCACUGUGGGCCCAGCUCGGUGACUUGUACGGGGCCAUCGGCUCCCCGGUGCGUCUGUCCAGGACAGUAGUGGUGGGGCGGAGACGGGAGCUAGUUCAACGACUCCUCUAUGUGCUCACCUACUUCAUCCGCUGCUCUGAGCUGCUGGAGACCCACAUGCUGGACAGCACUGAGGACGAGGCCAUCGUCAUCCCAGGCUCUCUCAUCACCACCUCGCUGCAGCGUGGGGAGGUGGAGGAGUCAGACUAUGUGCUGGUCACCGUGCACAAGCCCAGCGGAGACUACCUCAGCCAGGGUCCCGAGCCCCAAGAGGACAGCAGCUACCCCUCACACAGUAACAACAGCUUGCAGUGCAGCACCUACACUGAGGCUGGCCCUAAGGAGGGGGACAGUAGUAACAACAGCCAGGGCUCCAAGAACAGUGUCCUGCAGGCCCAGGCCCACUCCAGCCACAACACUAACGCUGUGCCCAUCAUCCACAUGGAGGAUGUUCGUGAGCCCACGCCGCUCAAGGAGUCACCACCUGCCUUUCUGGAGGCCAAGCUGGAAACAGUGGUGCGUGUGGGCUCCGCCUCCCCCAGGGAGACAGUGGUGCGUGUGGGCUCUGCCUCCCCCAGGGAGCAGGUCUGUGUGCUGCUGGAGACGAAGCCUGAGACCGAGUUAGAGGUCAAGGCCAGCGAGAAGGAGGGGGUGGAGAGUCUGCCCAUCAAGGUGUUCCACUCUUCUGGGAUACCACUGGAGAAGAAGCCACCUGACAAGACCGUACCUGUACCCUGCCCCUUUCUGUCAAAACACCAGGAGGAGCCGGCCACCAAAGUGCUGUUUCUCAUCGGCGACCCCCAGUCUCCGGGAUCGGACACAGAGAGCAGGAGGAGGAAGCUUGAGGAGGACAUUAAGAAGCACAAGAAAUGCAUCAAAGAGAAACAGAGGCAGCAACCGCAACUACAACAACAGCAACAAUUGCAACCGCAACAACAACUACAACAGCAGCAACCGCUACCUCAACAACAACCGCAACCGCAGCAACAACAACAACCGCAGCAUCAACAACAGCAACCGCAACUACAGGAACCGCAACAACCGCAACUACAGGAACCGCAACUACAGGAACCGCAACAACCGCAACUACAGGAACCGCAACAACCGCAACUACAGGAACCGCAACAACCGCAACUACAGGAACCGCAACUACAGGAACCGCAACAACCGCAACUACAGGAACCGCAACUACAGGAACCGCAACUACAACAACAGCAACCGCAACUACAGCAACCGCAACCACUACAACAGCAACCGCAACCACUACAACAACAGCAGCAGAGUGGAUGCGGUGACGGCGGUGAUCAGAGGGUGAAGUCUACUACCAGCAUAUCACCCGACCAAACCAAGACCAAUGCUGGAGGAAAGAAGACUCUGAUGCGUGUCUUCAGCAAGAUGCCCCAGUGGAACCCUGUCAGCGAGGAAUGCUCAGAGCUGUUCGACGAGUACUUCAGUGAUGACAGCCCUGUAGAGACCAGGACUAUAGACGAUGUGGUGAAAUGCCUGGACUUGUCAAACGGCACGGACAAAACCCAGAAAGAGCUUCUGGACCCUUCGGGAGUCCAGAAUAGCAGUUGCUGUAUGGGACAUGGGGAUCAGGGACAGAAGGAAACAGGGCAGGUGGGUGUGGGACCGGGGGGUGUUGGUGGGGAUGAGGCUGAUGUCCAGACCUGGUGUAUGGGGGAGGCUGACGUCCAGGCCAGGUGUGGGGGUGAGGCUGACGUCCAGGCCAGGUGUGGGGGUGAGGCUGACGUCCAGGCCAGGUGUGUGGGGGUGAGGCUGACGUCCAGGCCAGGUGUGGGGGGAGGCUGACGUCCAGGCCAGG